UAUGGUUUGCGCGGCGCUUGCCUACUUCCGGUUCAGACCUGUGGGAACUAUUUAUUCACCUCUAUUUUACAUUGAUACACCACUUUGUCCAGGUUUAUCCCAUAAAGUCCUAAUAAAAUAGACUGAAGUUUGUCAUAUGACUUCUAAAAGUCAUAUCUUUAUCUUAUUGUUGUCUUUAUCUUAUUUGUAAAUCAUUAUUUUGUUAUUUUUAGAUAAUGAUGUCUCUCCAACACCCCCUCCCCUUGUUUAAUCAAAGUCCCUUUCUGUGUCUCUGUGUUUUGAAGAGCGCAUGUGUGGUCAGGUUGGAUUUGUGGCCAGGGCCUGUCACACAAAUUCCUUUUCAUUCACUUGGAGCAGAAAGAAAGCGAGUUGGGCAAAAAAGGGGGUGAACGUAGGACUGAAAGAGUGAGUCAGAGGGAGGAAGAGGGGGAGAGGACGGAGAGAAAAAAAUGCAGGAGACAUUUGUAGUUGAGUGGACGAGCACGGACAGUCCCUGGCGCACAGCUUUCUGAGUGUCAUGUAAACCAGCCCUUCGCUUUCCUCUUUUUGUUCCAUUCACUGCCCGCCCCACCCUGUGGCCCAAAGGGGGGCUGCUCCCUCUAUAAAACCCCUGCUUGUGCACCGGGUGAGCCUAUUCCCCCAGCAUGGAGAGCCAGAGGGUCCAGUCCUCAUACAGGAAACGUUUUGGGCCACAGGGCGGCUCGGGCGCCAGAAUCGGUAGCCUGUCUUCCAACCGCCUCUCCUGGCAUGGCACCCCGCGGUCCAUCACCCUCUCCAGCCCCAUUUCCAGGCUCUCCCUGGGCUCUGCCAGCACGGCCCUGCUGCUGGGGAGCCCCGGCGACCGGCUGGACUUCUCCGCCGACUCCCUGAUGAAGGCCCACUACAAAGAAAUACGCACCAACGAGAAGAUGGAGAUGAUGGGCCUGAACGACCGCUUUGCCAGCUACAUAGAGAAGGUGCGCUUGCUGGAGCAGCAGAACAAGAUGCUGGUGGCGGAGCUGAACCAGCUGAAGGUGAAGGAGCCCAGCCGCCUGGGAGAUAUCUACCAGGAUGAGCUCAGGGAGCUUCGGCGGCAGGUGGACGGGCUCACCAACGGGAAGGCCCGGCUGGAGGUGGAGAGGGACAACCUGGCUGCCGAUCUGGCCAUGCUGAAGCAAAGACUUCAAGAUGAGAUGACUCUGCGUCAGGAAGCAGAAAACAGUUUGAACACUUUCAGACAGGAUGUGGACGAAGCGGCUCUCAGCCGAGUCCAGCUGGAGAGGAAGAUCGAAUCUCUGCAGGACGAGAUCAACUUCCUGAAGAAAAUCCACGAGGAGGAGCUGCGUGAGCUGCAGGACCAGCUUGUGGCCCAGCAGGUCCAUGUCGACCUGGACGUGUCCAAACCGGAUUUGACUGCGGCUCUGAGGGACAUCAGAGUUCAGUACGAGAACAUGGCCACGUCCAACAUGCACGAAACCGAGGAGUGGUACCGAUCCAAGUUUGCUGACCUGACAGACGCGGCCAAUCGAAAUGCGGAGGCCCUGCGCCAAGCGAAGCAGGACGCCAACGAAUAUCGGCGUCAGGUUCAGGCUCUGACCUGCGACUUGGACGCUCUCAGAGGCACCAACGAGUCUCUGGAGCGCCAGCUGCGGGAGCUGGAGGACCGCUGCGCCAUGGAGGCUGCCGGGUACCAGGACACGGUGAGCCGCCUGGAGGAGGAGAUCCAGGCCCUGAAGGAGGAGAUGGCCCGGCAUCUGCAGGAGUACCAGGACCUCCUCAAUGUCAAACUGGCUCUGGACAUCGAGAUCGCCACCUACAGGAAACUGCUGGAAGGAGAAGAGAGCAGGAUCACCAUCCCAGUUCAGAGCUUUUCCAACCUGCAGUUUAGAGAAACUAAUUUGGACACUAAAACUCCAGAGGCUCAUGUGAAGCGAAGCAUCCUGGUCCGAACUGUGGAGACCAGAGACGGGGAGAUCAUUAAGGAGUCAACCACUGAACACAAAGACCUUCCUUGAAUUGCAAAGAAUUUCUCAAUUAUGUCGAUGAACACAUUCUGAUCUUUCUGAAUGAAAUAUUCUUUUAUUUUCAGUUUAAACCUCAAAGCUGCCUCCAUUAUGAAGUGCUUUCUAAUCAGUUUAGCACGCUUACAAUUACUUUCAGACUAAAAUGUCCAUUUUUAAGUCGAUCCAGUCGUGUAACCGAUUCUACUAAGAUGUAAAACUUUAUUGUAGCUGAAAAAUGAGAUUUUAUUUGCAUUGAUUCCAGUAAUCUGUCAUAGAAGAGGUCUUGAAAUGUAGAUUGUGUUGAUCUAAUUUGUAGCGUUGUGGAGGUUGACGUGUGGCUUCGUGUAUGUGAAACGUGUUGGGCAGGAGGGAGCGCUUGGUUCGUAAACACUGAAACUGGAUUUUAGGUGAGAAACGAGAGACGAGUUUAUGUCACAGCAUCUUUUGACAGAACGACAGCUGAAUCCCAGCCGUUUGCUCUUACAUUUGCCUGGUGCUAUUUUUUUAUUUCCUUCAGGAGUUUCAUGUUUAAAGUCCUGGAUAUCUGUAUGUUGUUCUGUUAGACAUCUAACAAGCUGAGGUUUAAGCAGAUAAAUUUGAGUUUUUCUCUAAUAAUUUGUGGCUCAGGCAAAGUUAUGCAUCUUGGAUUGAUAAUUGAGUUUCUUCACUUUUUUCUAAUUAAGUUUGGAAUGUCUCAAGCAGGGUGACUCCUAACAGUAUUUCUGUGUGAAUAAAAAGAUCAUUGUCCUUUUAAUUAGUCAGAAGAGUUAGAACAGAACAAGAUUAUUUCCACUGGGGAGGGGAGCAAAGCAAUUCUGACUUUUUCCCCCUCAGAAUCAGAUUUGUUUAAAUUGUUUUUGCAACAUCAGGAAAAUCUAGUCUUUACAUUUCUUAGAAAUCUACCAAGUAAUUUUGGUGCAGGUUUUCAGUGCAUAUAAAGUGCAGAUUUACAAAUUCUAUAACAAGGAAGAAAUGGAUAUGAAAUUAAUUUCAUACGCUAACAUCAUAAUUAACCUACACCUAAGAAUGUUUGGGUUUUUUAUUUGGAUUUUGACAUGAUAGACGGAAUUAAAAUUCUAACAAAAACAAUUCUGAGAUUAAAGUCAAAAUUCUGAGAAAAAAAAUCUGGGGAAAGAAAUUUCAAACUUCUGAAUUUCAGAAUUCUGAAUUUAAAAAGUUGGAAUCUUGAAAUUAAAGUAAAAAUUUUGAGGGACAAUAGUAAGAACAAGUCAGAAUUCUAAUAAAAAGGUCAGAAUUGGGAGAGAAAAAUUAUGAGGAAAAGAAUUCUCAGAAUUCUAAU